AUGCAUAGCUUCCUGCUCCUCGUCUUGCUAUUUAUCGUGAUGAAGGUUGUGGUGUUCUACGUUCCGGAUCUUAUCAUUCGUGUUCUACGAUAUGAACUAUUUCAGACGAUUAGAGUGAAACAGGAGCAGUACCCGAAAAUAUACAAGGGUCUUGUUUGUUUGAUACGUCCAUCACUGCGGUUGGCUAUGCAUCUCAGGCUCUCAGGGAAGUCAGCACCAUGA